AAGCGGGGCACCCACGGCAGGGCGAGGGGGGCGAAGAGCCGGAAGAGGCGGACAGCUCAGGCUGGGAUUUCAGCCGCGAACCGUUAGGCGCGACCCCAAGGCGCAGGGAAAGAGGGCUGGAGUGGCAGAGCUGAAGCUAUGCGGCUGCUGCUGAUCUUGCUGGCCCUGUGGCUGGGCGCCGUGAGCCCUAGCAUGGCUGAGCUCACGCGGGCACAACGGCGGGGCCUGCAGGUGGCCCUGGAGGAGUUCCACAAGCACCCACCUGUGCAGUGGGCCUUCCGUGAGACACAAGUGGACAGUGCCAUGGACAUGCCCUUCCCAGCUGGGACAUUUGUGAGGCUGGAAUUUAAGCUCCAGCAGACAAGCUGCCAGAAGAAGGACUGGAAGAAUCCUGAGUGCAAAGUGAAGCCCAACGGGGUGAGUGAGAGGCACCUGCUGAGUAUGUGCGUAGAAUUGGGAGAUCCCACUACCAGGAGCUCCACAGAUGCUGAAGGCUCAGCCUGAGCCCACAGUUGUGAGGUGGGUGGUGGGCUGGG